AUGAAGGCAGCACUGUUCUACGGACCUGGACAGGUGAGGGUUGAGCACAUUCCUGAACCCCAGCCCAAGGAGGGUCAAGUAAAAGUCAAGGGAAUUGGUGGAUGGGGUGGAGGUCUUGCAGAGUACAUUGCAGUUGACACACGAAACCUUCAUAUCUUACCUGAUGGGAUAUCACUCGAAAUAGGAGCAAUGAUUGAGCCACUGGCAGUUGCCUGGUACGCUGUAAAGAGGUCCGGGUUCAAGGCAGGGCAAAGUGCUCUUAUAACUGGAGGUGGCCCGAUUGGGCUUCUUGUAUUAAAGGUUUUAAGGUCUCGGGAUCCUUCCGCCGUCGUCAUACUUUCUGAACCUGCUUCUGGUCGGCGGAACCUUGCAUUAAAGCAUGGAGCUACGUCUGCUGUAGAUCCUACUGCUAAGCGAUCGCCAUCUUCUGAUAUACUUCAUGACACCGUUGCGGAGCUUACGAAUGGCCGCGGAGUCGAUGUUGCAUUUGAUGCCGCGGGAAUUCAAGCAAGCAUAGACGCUUGCCUGUUGAACUUGCGUCCUCGCGGGACCCUCGUCAACGUUGCCAUCUGGGAAAAUAAUCCUACCAUCAACAUAAAUCUGAUAACGGGACGCGAAAUCGUUAUGACCUCCAUUUCUGCAUAUACCGGUAUUCAUCCUGAACUACUGGAAGCAGUGGCAGCUGGAGAGAUCAAGGAUUUAGAGGAUUUGAUUACAAAGAAAAUUCAUAUUGAUGACGUUGUUGAAGAAGGUAUCAAAGCGUUGCUCAACGAAAAGGACAAGCAAGUUAAAAUAUUAGUGCAUCCGUGA